CAAAACACACAUUUCUCGCGUUCUCUCACUCUCUUCGACUCUACUCACAAAACAGAAUCACGUUUCCCGCGCUUUCUCUGUCUUCUAUGUCUAUGGCAAAGCCAGUAACAGAAAUCUAUAUCACAGCCAUGCUAGCUCUGUUGUUUCUCCUUCUCUCUCUAUCCCAUCUGGGUCUCUCAUUGAGUCAAGAUGGACUUUUUCUCCAGCGAGUCAAACUCGGUCUGUCCGACCCGAACGGUGUUCUCUCCGACUGGAACGACCGCGACGCCACCCCAUGCAACUGGACCGGCAUCACCUGCGACCCGGCCACGGGUUCAGUCAGCUCGGUCGAUCUCUCCAACGCUGGCCUCGCCGGUCCAUUCCCCAGCUUCCUCUGCCGCCUCUCUUCUCUCUCCUCUCUCUCUCUAAAAAACAACAAUCUCAACUCCUCUCUCCCACUCUCCAUCUCCAACUGUAAGAACCUCACUACUCUCAAUCUUUCGCAGAACUUCUUCGAGGGUUCGAUUCCGUACACGAUCUCUGAUCUUCCCAAACUCAGAUUCCUCAUCCUCGAUGGAAACAGCUUCUCCGGCCAGAUUCCGGUGAGUUUUGGGCUUUUCCGGCGACUCGAGACUCUAAAUAUUGCCAACAAUCUUCUCAGCGGAACAAUACCUGCGGCGAUUGGGAACAUAACCAGUCUGAAGUCGCUCGAACUCGCUUAUAACCUGUUUACCCCGGGUCAACUGGCUCCAGAACUCGGGAACUUGUCGAGUUUGGAUUAUAUGUGGCUUAGUUCCUGUAGCCUUGUGGGUUCGAUACCGGAUAGUUUUGGGAGACUGAGUCGUCUCACGAAUUUGGAUUUGUCGAAUAAUAUGCUUACUGGUUCGAUACCGAGUGUGAUCUUCGAACUAAAAAGUGUCGUGCAAAUUGAGCUGUUCAACAACUCAUUUUCCGGCGAGUUAUCGGCUGGUUGGUCGAACCUGACUUCUCUCCGGCGGUUCGACGCGUGUUGUAAUUCGUUUGUUGGGCCGAUUCCGAACGAGUUGUGUGAGUUACCACUCGAGUCGCUGAACCUGUACCAGAACCAGCUCGUGGGUUUGUUACCAGAGAGCAUAGCUAAGUCCCCAAAUUUGUACGAACUCAAAGUGUUCAAGAAUCAGCUUAAUGGGUCAUUGCCGAGUGAACUCGGCAAGCACUCGAACUUACUAACCAUCGACGUGUCGGAAAAUCAGUUCUCCGGCGAAAUUCCGGCGAGUUUGUGCGAGAAUGGGUUGUUAGAACAGCUUCUCUUGAUAUACAAUUCGUUUUCGGGUACCAUUCCGGAUGUUCUCGGGAAAUGUCGAAGCUUGAACCGGGUUCGAUUGCGGUCUAAUCGGUUUUCCGGCGAAGUUCCGGCGGAGUUUUGGGGUUUACCACAUGUGUAUUUGCUUGAACUCGCAGAGAAUUCAUUUUAUGGGAAUAUCUCAUACAUGAUAUCUGGUGCAUCAAAUCUUUCAAAACUUGACAUUUCUAAUAACAGGUUUUCUGGAACUAUUCCUAAAGAAAUUGGAUCUUUAGGUAAUUUAUUUGAGUUUUCUGGUAAUGAUAAUGAGUUUUCUGGUCAAAUUCCUGCAACAAUUGUCAAUUUGAGUCAAUUAGCGACGCUUCGUCUUAGAAACAAUGAACUUUCUGGGGAGAUUCCAAUGGGGAUUCAGUCUUUGAGACAGCUCAAUGAGCUUAGUUUGGCUAAUAAUACCUUAUCUGGUGAAAUCCCAGAUCAAAUUGGGAGUUUGCCAGUGCUCAAUUAUCUUGAUCUUUCUUGGAAUCACUUUUCUGGGGAAAUCCCACUUGCGUUGCAGAAUUUGAAGCUCAAUGUGCUAAAUUUGUCAUAUAAUCAGCUAUCUGGUGAAAUACCUGCACUCUAUGCUAAGGAUAUAUAUAGGGACAGCUUUUUGGGCAAUCCGGGUUUGUGUGGUGAUAUUUCUGGUCUUUGUACUGAAAAAACUGGUGUCAAGAAUCAGGGUUAUCUGUGGAUACUUAGAUCUAUUUUCAUCCUUGCUGGUUUGGUUUUUGUUGUUGGGAUUGUUUGGUUUGUGUGGAAGUUUUGGAGUUACAGGAAAACAAAGAAAGGAAUUUCUAUUGUGAAGUGGAGAUCAUUUCACAAAUUGGGUUUCAGUGAAUGUGAAAUUCUUGAUUGCCUUAAUGAACUUAAUAUUAUUGGAAGCGGAGCUUCAGGGAAAGUCUACAAGGUCGAGCUUAGUAAUGGUGAGGUUGUUGCAGUUAAGAAGAUACGCGAUAGAUCAAAAAAGGAUGAUGAGAGUUUUACGAGUGCUGUUUCAAGGGAAGAUGAAUUUGAGGUUGAAGUUGAGACACUGGGGAAAAUUAGGCACAAGAAUAUUGUGAGGUUGUGGUGUUGUUGCAACACUGGGGAUUGCAAGCUUUUGGUGUACGAGUACAUGCCAAAUGGGAGUUUGGGCGAUUUGCUGCAUAGUAGCAAGGGUGGUUCAUUGGACUGGCCUGCAAGAUUUAGGAUAGCUUUGGAUGCUGCUGGGGGGCUUUCUUAUUUGCAUCAUGAUUGUGUUCCUCCGAUUGUCCAUAGGGAUGUUAAGUCAAACAAUAUUUUGUUGGAUGCUGAGUUGGGAGCAAGAAUUUCUGAUUUUGGAGUUGCUAAAAUUGUCAAAACAGUGAACAAGGGGGCAGAAUCUAUGUCUGCAAUUGCUGGUUCUUGCGGUUACAUUGCACCAGAAUAUGCAUAUACUCUUCGAGUGAACGAAAAGAGCGACAUUUAUAGCUUUGGCGUGGUCAUUCUAGAACUAGUGACUGGUAGACGACCCAUUGAUCCAGACUUUGGGGAGAAAGACCUAGUGACAUGGGCCUGCAACAACUUGGAACAGAAAGGAAUUGACCAUGUGAUCGAUCCCAAUCUCGAUUCUACUUUCAAGGAACAAAUUUGCAGGGUUCUUGAUAUCGCCUUCCUUUGUGUCAGCUCACUUCCAAUCAACCGGCCUUCAAUGCGAGAGGUGGUUAAAAUGCUGCAAGAAGCAGGGGCAUAUAACAAGCCCAGGAGAGCAAACAAGAAUGAUAAUCUUUCUCCUGGUUGCUAUGAAGACUCCUCUGAUUCUCUAAUCAAGGAAGUGUAAUUUCAAGAUUUUAGGUGUUAGUUUUUGGCAACAUGAGAGAGUCAGAGAAAGAGAAUGAUUGUAGUGGAACAAAACUGAGAAAAAAUUGAAGAUGUGCCCAUUGUUGGAAAACUCAUUUUGAAUGUUUCCUAUAGAAGGGGGAACAAUUGGCAACACAACUGUAAUUGUUACUAUAAGAAGGUUGUUAGUCAUGACAGGUCUUUAUUUUUAGGUCAUGUAACUAAUUUCGGAGCUUUAUAUAAUAUUGAUUAUGUGAUAUUUUAAACCAUUCACAUAAAUAUGUCAAUUCAUUUUAUUGGA